UUCAGUUCAAGUAGAGAGAAAAAGCUUCGAGUACAUUCGAAUGCUUCCACGAUUUCAAGUUACAAUCGGAUCGGUGACAGUCACGCGCGUAUGACGCGAGUGACCUCGGCCAUUCGAUUCCAUUCUCUCUUUUAGAGUCGAUCAUUUUUUAUCAUCUGUAGAAAUAUGCUCUUUCGAGAAAUGAGUUUAUUUUUGCUUGAGAUAUAAAAAACUAUGGUUUCGUGUACAUUACAAGUUUGUUUAUAUAAAGGCGAUUAUUACGCGCGGGAACGGCGUCUAUAGAUCGCGCGCACAACGCUGCUUUUGACAUGUCUUUAAAACUUGAUGGUUGUCAAACACAAAGCCCAUGUGUCACGGUACUCGUGGUCGGUGAACGUACUAAAAGGAAGAGGAGAACUUGGAAGGAGAAGCUAGGAAAACAAAGACUUGAAAAAACAUUGGAGAAGUGUAAUUUCAUCAAAGAUUUUUAAUUGUGAUUGGUCGUGAGAGUGAUAUCAUCGGUGCUGUGACAAUCUUCAGUCAUAAAAAACAACUUUCUAAGAUACUUGGCAGUUUUGAAGUUAUUGCUCUACGUGUCAUAAAGGCCUGCUUCUGUCACACUUCCAUUAACGGUUCGGUGGUAACGUCACGCAAACACGGGGACGCACUUACAUCGGCCUGUCCCGUCAGCUCUGACACGAUAAUUCACGCAACUGCUGCGUGUGUAAAGUCUUAUUGUGGAGUUUAAAAUCAGUGUGCAUGUGUUUGUGUGAAGGGGGAACAAAGUCACAGUGUCAUAAGUAAAGUGCCGGCCGGCCGGCGCGAACGAUUGAGAUCUGACGAAACGCGGGGCGGGCCGGCGGAAAGGCUCCAUAUAAUAUUGCAGUAAUAAACUUCAUUAACAAGUCAAAAAAAUAUCAGCAACAUCAAACAAGUUGAAAAUAUGAGCAUUGCUGCACUGUUGCAGGCCGCUGAGUACAUUGAACGACGAGAAAGAGAAGCUGAACAUGGAUAUGCUUCGACUAUGCCCAUACCUGAUGAUCUACGGACACUCUCCAAAAGGACAAAGACGAAAAAAUCCCAGGGUAGUAGGACUACCCACAAUGAACUGGAAAAAAAUCGACGAGCACACCUCAGGAAUUGUCUUGAGAAACUGAAAGUUUUAGUGCCUUUAGGACCUGAAACGUCUAGGCAUACAACGCUUGGUUUAUUGACCAAAGCUAAACGCUUCAUAAAGAACUUAGAAGAACGGGAAAGAAAACAUACGGCGCACAAAGAGCAAUUAUCGCGAGAACAUCGGUACCUAAGAAGACGAUAUGAGCAAUUAACGGGUCAAUCAAGUAUCCAUGGAUUACGUGGUCUUCAAAGUUUUGAUAAUAGCAUUCAUGGGUUGAGCACGAGUGCGCCAACAAAUUCUUCCUGCAAUUCAGCGGCUGUUGCUGUAGCCACUGCUUUAAUGUCCAAGAGACGAAGUGUUUCUGAAUGUUCCGUAACUACCGUCUCUUCUACUGGUUCUGCUGGCAGUUCUGGCAACUCCGAAAGAUCCACGGGUAGUCCAUCUGUCUCAGAAUCUGACGAAGUGGACGUGAUUGGCUACACUAGCAAUCAGUCAGAUACUGAUGAUCACAGCAGCGUACAAAGUAGUAGCGAUAGUGGCGUUGCAAUGUCUACGUCACGACUGACUCUUUCUGAAAUGAUGGAUAAUCUUUAGAUAAAAUUAGAAUUUAUGAAGGACGGAACAUGAAAAAGGAGCAUUCCGAAACUAUGAUGAUAAUCAUGAUGAUAAUAAUGUGCCGAAGACCUAGCAAUUAAUUGGUUUAUUAACGUUUUAUGAUUAGACUUAUUGAAGAAAAAAUCACGGGGUGCAAAAAGUAAUAUAUCUGCGGAUUUAUUAAUUUUUCCACUGUUUAUUCAUCAGAAAACUUUCUACAUGAGCUAUCAAAAUCGUACUAAUUCAUGACGUACUAUGUACAAAGAUAAGGGAUUUUUUUUUUUUUUCAAAACUGUUAUUGAGUCAUGAAUGGUUAAAAAAUGAUUCAAAUUAUUUAUUGGUUCUACAAACGUUUUGGUUGUAUAUUAUUUAAUAUUUCAGUAAAAUUAUUGUAUAUACACUUUUAAAAGCGUUGAUAUACAUAGUGAUUAUUGCUUGUAACAAAAAAUAAAUUAAAAGCGCUAGAAGAGGAAUACAACCAGACGAAACGUUGUCGAGGGAUCGAAUAUUAAAUUGCAAAAUAAGUAGAGCAAAUUGAUUAAAAUAAGCAUGAGAAUAUUUUAAUUUGAAAAAAAAAGGAAAAAAAAAAACAAAAACUAAAAAGAAAAAAAUUAACCCAGAUUCAGUAAUAUUUUUUCUUUAUCUUAUAUCAACAGUGCUUGGCACUUUUUAAUUUAGAGCGUGUAAGCUUUUUUAUUAUCAAUUAAUUUUAUGCGUGAUAAUUAUUUAUUAUUUUUCUUAGAUGUCGGUUUUACCAAAGUAUAAGCGAAAAAAAAAAGUGUAUCAACAAAUGAA